ACAUGGCGACCGAUAAGUUGUGCAUUAAUGAGCUCCCUAUAAAGAAAUGUAAAAAGUGUAAUAACAUCCCAAGCAGCGGACUUCAGUGUAUAAAUUGUGGAACUCUUAUGCAUCCUGGAUGCAUUAAGUAUUAUAGUGAUAUUGUGAGAUUGGACAGUAAUUAUAUUAAAUGCUGUGAAACAUCGGAAGACAUUCAUAACCUCGUUAAUGACCAGGACGAAGACCUAAAUAACUCGGUGGAUACAGUUGUAAAUGUUACUGAUUUGGUGAAAUCGAAUAAAGAUAUAAUAGAGGAUCUAACUCACGAAAAUGAUAGAUUAAUGAAUGAGAAUAUACUUUUAAAGAAACUUAUAUCAGAAAUGGAAGAUAAAAAUGAACUACUACUUUUUAAAAUCAACAUGUUAGAAAAGGAGAACAACAAAAACGUAUGUGAGUUCCCAAUUCAAUCAUCAACAAUACCGAAUGCAUUAAAUAAAACAAAGUAUGUUUCUGAACCCAGGAAUGUGUCAUCUAGCGGAAUAAAAAAUUAUCUAAAUAUUCGAACACCUGCUGCGAAUUCCCAGACGAAGCGACAGAAUAUAAAUAAAACGGAAAUAUCAGCUGAUGGUCAAAACAAAAACAAUGAAGUUCUCAAACCGCCUAAGAAGAUCGAAACAAAUGUUAGUAAAAUAGUAAAAGGGACUAGAGUCGACAAUGGGAAGAAAAUGGCAUUCUCUAGUGCUAAGCAGAAAGUGUGGAUACAUAUUGGCAAGAUAUUUCCAGGUCACUCAUUUAGUAUUGAAGCCCUUACACCUAAGAAUGAAUCAAAUAGCAUCUCAUUCAAAGUCGGAGGAGACAUGAAAUUGAUCGACGAAUUAUAUAAAAGUGAGAACUGGCCAGAGGGAAUAACAGUUCGGCGUUAUAAAUUUUUUCGUGGAGGAAGAUCCAUGUAACCACGUACCUGGUGAGAAAUGUUUUUAUUUUAAUCUAACUAACAUAAAUGUACAAUCACUUAAUAAUAAAAUUGAUC